UCUGUGACUGCGGCAGACCCCGAGCAGGCUACCCCCUACCUGCGCCCUCUGCUCCGGUUCGCGGCAGCCCAUGUCCCGGCUCGGAAGCACAAGGAAACGCCGCUGUACAUCCUGUGCACGGCGGGAAUGCGAUUGCUGCCCGAGCGGCAGCAAGCUGCAAUCCUGGAGGACCUGGUGAGAAAUGUGCCCCUGGAGUUUGAUUUCCUCUUCUCCAAAUCACAUGCAGAAGUGAUCUCAGGGAAACAGGAAGGUGUCUAUGCUUGGAUUGGCAUCAACUUUGUCCUGGGACGGUUUGAUCACGAGGACGAGGAGGAUGCAGUGGUCACCGUAGCACUAGGGGACCAGGGGAAGUCCCUGGUUCGGAAACGAACGGUUGGGAUCCUAGACAUGGGAGGUGCCUCCCUGCAGAUUGCCUAUGAAGUGCCCGACUCCGGCGCCAUCUCCUCCCCACAGCAGGAGGAGGCUAAGAGCUUGCUGGCAGAAUUCAACCUGGGCUGUGAUGUGCAGCACACUGGCCACAUGUACCGUGUCUACGUCAACACCUUCCUGGGCUUCGGGGGCAAUUUUGCCCGGCAGCGCUAUGAGGAGCUUGUGCUGAACCAAACCUAUGAGCACAACCGCCUGCACAGCCAACAGACAGGGCUGAGCUCCAAGAUGCCCUUCCUGGACCCUUGCUUGCCUGUGGGACUGGAGGACACAGUGGCAAAGGGUGGCCAAACCCUGUAUGUGCGGGGACGAGGGGACUGGCAGGCCUGUGCGAAGUUGCUGCAGCCCCUCCUGGCAGGGUCCAAUGGCAGCCAGGCCUCCCAAAAAAAAGCACCCAUCGACUUCAGCAACAGCGAGUUUUAUGGCUUCUCUGAGUUCUUCUACUGCACUGAGGAUGUGCUGCGCCUGGGGGGCCAAUACAAUGCCCCUACCUUCACCUCUGCUGCUCAGGAGUACUGCAGCCAGCGGUGGGAGGUGCUGACCCAGCGUUUCCGUGGUGGCCUCUACUCUGCCCACGCUGACCAGCACCGGCUGAAAUACCAGUGCUUCAAAUCAGCCUGGAUGUACCAAAUCCUUCAUGAGGGCUUCCAGUUCCCGCUGGACUACCCUAGCCUGCGCACAGCCCAGCUGGUGUACGACCGGGAGGUGCAGUGGACGCUGGGAGCCAUCCUCUACAAGACCCGAUUUCUGCCACUCAGGGAUCUCCGUCAGGAGAGCAUCCGGCAGGCACACACCUCCUGGCUGCGUCUCUCUUUUGUCUACAACCACUAUAUCUUCUUCGCCUGCAUCCUGGUCGUAGUGUUGGCCAUAGUCCUCUACCUCCUGCGGCUGCGCCGCAUCCAUCGCCGGCAGCUGCGCUUGGCCCAGCACUCGCUGCUCUGGCUGGACAAGGUGGUGGUGCCGCUGGGCCAGGGAAACGUGCCAUGA